AAUUCGGAAAGAAUCGACCGCCUGAUUUGAUGGUGGCCUCAUCCCCAGUCAAGAGCAGCAGCGCCGCCACCGACGUCGCCGCGCCGCCCUCCUCCAAGAGCCUACGCGGCCUUAACAAACCCAAGUGCAUCAAGUGCGGCAAUGUGGCGCGUUCUAGAUGUCCAUACCAGUCAUGCAAGAACUGCUGUGCAAAGGCACAAAAUCCUUGUCAUAUACAUGUGUUGAAAGGAAACUCAUCCUUACCAGACAAACUGCCCUCUACCAGCUCCCCUCUCUUUGGCCAGCAAUCGUCUGAUGCAUCUCAUUCAGGGAAUUUUCACAGGCUUCGCCAACUUUCUAACAACUUUGCGCAGUUCAGUAACGUACAGACACCAUUUCAGUCAAGGAAGCCAUUGACUAAAAAGGAUGCACAAGUCAUCAACCAAUGGAGGUUCUCGAAGUUGAAAGAAUUUAGGGAUGAAAAUAUUGAAGCAGAGAGUGUAACUUUUGAUCGAUACAUGCAAAAUGUUGGUUUACUGGAAGAGGUUUUCCGUGUGAUCUCUGAGUCUGAUGAGCAGUCUUCUAGUGAGAAGUUGAGUUCCAAUGGCGAUAACAAUGACACGAUGGUUCGUCACUUGAAGUUGAAGCUCAGAUCAAAUCCAGCAACAACUGACAACUUGAGAAAAAGGAUUCAACACAUUGUAGAUCAAGGAUUGAAGAAAGUAAGAAAGCUGGGCGACGUCAGUGAUACAGAAGGAGAGGGCGAGAAAGCCACAGCCUUAAAUGAUCUCAUUGAUAAGUUAAACAAAUCACAAAAUGGGGAUGAGCUGAAAGCGUGUCGGGAGAUGGCAUCUCAGGUGGUUCCGUGGAAUACGAAAAAGAGCAAAGCGGAGGCUGAAGGCGAGCGGGAAAAUGAUGAUUCCUGUAUCACACAAGAUUCCCUUUUCCCCACACCGAAGUGGGUAAAUCAACUCACAAUUGAUCAAGAAGCUCUUUGCCGAAUCGAUGCACAAUUUUCUUCCCUUGAGGAGGUACAAGAUUUGUAGGUUGAAUUUGAUUGUUUCCAUCCACAUUGUACACUAGCUGAUAGAUAGUUAAUGUGAUUGAUAUUUUUCCAAUCCAAUUUUUUCAAGAUGAAGGGAUUAAAACUAGCGUCGUUUUUUUUAAAGGAAUGUAUAAAUAUUUACCAAUUUGAAACAUUGAUGAAAUAUUAUGCAUGUAUAAUCUAA